CUUCAGCACUGGCAGGUAUGAUAGCUAAGAAUAACUUAUUUGGAUUCAAUUUAAAGCACUCCGCGUCUUGACGCACACAAGGUCCGGACUUUACGCGGCAAGCAUAUUGGAUAGGUCUUAUACAAAGAGGAACAUUUAUCAAACAACAUGAAGUUGGAGGUAUUGUGUGGAAGCCACUAUGACAUGAAACAUUUCCAGAUGUCCACUGAUGCAAAGGGGAUAGUGCGCUCUCCUCUUUCUGCUGAGGAGGAGCUAGGGUCGGAUGGGGACUGCGUGGCGCACAGCCCUCCACCUGUUACUCCAUGCACCAGCAACAAGUCCAAGCCGUACACAAGGAGACCCAAACCCCCUUUCUCGUACAUCGCUCUCAUCGCCAUGGCUAUCCGGGACUCCUCUUCUGGACGUCUGACUUUGGCGGAAAUAAACGACUAUCUGAUGAAAAGGUUUCCGUUCUUCAGAGGCAGCUACACCGGCUGGAGGAACUCGGUUAGACACAACUUGUCUCUAAAUGACUGCUUUCUCAAAGUACUGCGGGACCCGUCCAGACCUUGGGGAAAGGACAAUUACUGGAUGCUCAAUCCUCACAGCGAAUAUACUUUUGCUGAUGGGGUGUUCCGGCGCAGAAGAAAGCGCAUCGAUAAUAAAAAGUUCAGCAGGGAGCCAGAGGUGUCCGUGGAGCCGCAGAGCAUUCAGCAGUCUGCACCCGCCACCAAGACGGAUUCAUGUGUCAAGUUUACAAGUUCAUUUGCGAUAGACAGCAUCCUCAGCAAGCCGUUCAAGAGGGACUCAAACAAAGAACGUUUAGCACUCGCGCCUGCCUUCACCUGGCCGCGCUACAGUGAAAUUGAUGCCUCGUUCAAAUACACCUGCCUCAUUUCACACGUCAAGCCAGCCUUCUAUAUGGAUUCCUGUGCUGCGCAUGUGUCAAACGCCUAUGGCUGUGGGCUGCUUUCACACACAGUCUUGCAAUAUCAGAAAUAAAUACAUUUGAUGAUUAAAAAUCAUCAAUGUGCACUGAUGAUGGACACAGUGGAGGGAAUUCAAUUGGAAUUCAUUGUGGUGGCAAGGUGUUACACUUAUUUUUUUGUACUUCUUAAAGCAUUAUCAGAUUUGAUGUUUUAUAGACAAAUGUUUGUUGUAAAUGUUACUGAACUGACCAUUGACGCUGUUUGUUUAAUAUAUACCGUGUUAAAAUAUGCACUUUGACUGUUGUCUCUUUCUUUCAAAACUACGCAACGAAAUAAAAAUCUAAAUAAUGA